UAUUGUCUGAUCGUCUGUCCCAUUCUCCCUCCUGGCCCUGUGCACACUUGCCCCCGAAAGAUGGCUCGAAUGGCCGCAGAUGGAUCCUCUUCCCUGGUUUCCCUGACGGCGGGCCCCAGCUCGAGUCCCGGGUGUGGCAGUGUCGGCGACUCUUCUUUCCUGACAAACCAUCACAGCCUCAACGACCUCGUCACAAUGCCUGUCCAGCCUCUGUCCAGCCGACUGGCCGGAGCCGAACGACAGACGUCGAGCCGGUUCGCUUCGACCUGGAACUCGGUACCGGUGAGUUCGAGGCCCACCGAGGCGUCGUCUGCCCGCAGACAGGCAGCCGGCUGGCCGGCUGACAGGCUGGCCUUGCCAACCGACCCGACAGACACGGCCCUCGAACUCACUGCCCACAGCAGCAGCGGCGGCUGUUCCGUCGAGAAGACGAAGAGUCGAGCCUCUCGGUUGUGUCUCUGGCCCGGCGGAGGUGGGCACAGUCUGACCGACCUGGAGGCAGAGGAGAGGCACCGGUAUGUUUUCGUCAUCCGUUGCAUCGUUUUCCCCUUCAAUGUGCGCUCCUCGCAGGAGCCUGUCCGCCGCUACCUGCGGGUCACCAAGGAGUAUUUGUCCAUUUUGAAGGAGCGCUUUCAAGUGAGGCCAGUCACGUUUUGCCUUUUCUUCUCACACUUCUUCUCCACACUUUUAUUGCCGACGUAA